AUUCAAAAUCGAAAAACGUUGCUUCUGAAAUGGUGCGCUAUAGAAGAUUCGUCCCACGUGGUGUCACAAAAACGUCGUGCCUACACUUGCGCUGUUUUUAGCGCGCUUGUCUCACUAUGUUGGAUUUGAAUUGGUUAGGUUGUGGAAGCAGCCUAGCAAUGGAAGGCUGUGCGUAGAGUCUUGAUCGUAGCGAAAUGUGUAUAAAUACGUCGUAUAUUGAUGGAUAAGACCAUAUCGACUAGGCUAGGAGUAUAAAGAUUUUUCGAAGAACGGGAUAUAAAAUUGAAAAUACAAUCAGUUAGUCGAUGUGCUAUACAUCCAAAUUGAAAUCUAUAUCUACAAAAUGGCGGAUAUCUCUGUCUGGACUGAUUACACUAGAACAAUCCUUCAUUCAAUCAGAGAAAUGACAGAAACUUGUGAUUUUAUAAUCAAUGUUGAUGACGAAUCUUUCCCAGUCCAUCGCAACGUAAUAUCAGCUGCGUCAAGCUAUUUUAGAGCGAUGUUUUCAAGCAACAUGAAGGAAGCCCAGCAAGGUUUUGCUGACAUGGAAACUAUAAAGCCCGCUGUAAUGGAGAAAUGUAUUGACUUCAUGUAUACCGGUGAAAUCAAAGUGCAAAUGGAUGAGGUUCAAUAUAUUCUGAUUGCGUCAAACUUAUUGCAAUUAGAUUUACUAACUGAAAUCAGCUUCACGCAGCUGCAAGAAAAUCUUUCGACAUCGAAUUGCCUAGUGGUGUCGCAUUAUGCGACUGUUCUCAACAAAUUGGAGGUUAAAAAACUUGCUGAACUAAAAAUAAUAAAUAACUUUGAAGACGUAAUUUCUACUGACAAAUUCCCAACAAUUUCUUUCGAAGAUUUCUCUCGGUAUUUUUUUGAAUCCGUUGCAGGUCACGAAAUAAAAUGGGGGGCAUUGGUUAAAUGGCUUUUAAACAAACGCGAAGAAACGAAACCGAUUUACCAAAAACUGCUUGAAACAUUAGAAUAUUUUCCUCUCGAUUUUCUGAUAAAAAAAGCAUUGGAAGGAUUAAUGAAGAAGCCCGUGAAAAAAAAUACCAAAACAAGCAACAAAAUGCGAAGAAAUCUUGUACUCGAUUUUCUGUUUGAAGACAUUGAAAAAUUCAAGAGAGAGGUCAAUCUUGAAAUUUCUGGGAUUUGAAGAAAAUAAUAAAAAUUGCAGAUAUUGGAAAUGGGGAAGUUGAAAAAGUCAUGAAUCAAUUCAUGGAAGAUAACUUUGGAUUUAUUGCUCAAAGUGAUGAUUUCGUCGACUUGGACGAAAAGAAAUUCUUUUUUUGUUCGAAUCUACGAAGACAAAUAUGCUUCUGAAGAAAUUAAAUGGAUGCUGCUUUGAGCUGGUCCAAGCACCAACCGAAUAGAAUGAACGUUUUCUCACAGUUGUUCAAUUGAUAAAACUAGAUGAUCUUCACGUAGAUUUCCUUCAGAACGUUGUGCGAAAGGAAUCACUCGUGAGAAAGCCUAAUAAUUGUGCUGUAAUCCUGUUGGACCAUGUAUUAUCUAGUCCUGACCCAAUGGGAGCGCAGUCGAGUCCAGUUCGUCAUAGAAAGCCUCACUUGGUUUGCUUAGAUGUUAAAAACGGACAAAUCAAGGCUCUAAAUGUUUGGAACAAAACGUGCCAUGACCUUCCCCACGCACAGAAGGGAGACAGCGUUCGUAUUGUCAAUGUUACCAACACUCUGUAUGUAAUAGGUAAAAAGGAAAUUCACCAGUUGAAAGGAAAUGAGUGGACAAUUAAAACAUCGAUGCGAAGGAUGCAAGGGCCGAAUGUACCUGUUUCAUGUCAUGGAAAAAUAUAUCUGAUUCAAACAGAGAAUAUGAGUUGCUUCGAUACAAUCCAGAAUGGUUGGGAGAAUAAUUUGCCUGGAUGUGGACUUGGAGUAGGAUUCUGCGCUGCAGCAAUAGAGAAUUCGGUGUAUGCAAUGGGAGGAAUUGAUACAGAUUAGUGAAGUAACUAGAAUUUGAUUCUAGAAACACAAAGUUGGUCCAAUCUCUGUUCGAUUGCAAAAUGGAAGGCGAAAUGCGGCGGCUGCUGAGCUGGGUCGGUAACAUUUAUCGUAAGCUGGGAGGCCACUCAGAAGCUAACUCGGUUGAAAGCUACAAUUUGAAAACCAACACAUGGCUAAUGUUGCAGGGCUGUGCGUUUCUCGUUGGGAUCACCGCCUAUGUGCGAUUUGAAAAUAAACUAAUCGCCGUGGGAGGGAAGAAGAAAGGUGGUAAUAAACAUACUAACUCAAUUGAAGUUUACGAUGAAGAUUCAAAGCACUGGUCAAAGGUCAAUGUUGAUGAACUCCGAAAAAUUCUUCCUUAGAAGUGUGUGCUUAUUUCAUGUAAAGACUGGUCAUAUAUUUUGCGGAGAAAAUAAAUCACCAAGUGUGACGUUGGCGAGAAAAUCGCAAACUUGACAAGAGAAUGCGGAGGCAAAUUGACCACCGACUCCCUCUUUUGCGUUUUGCGUUUUUUUAUUGUUAUUAAAACUCAGAACACUUUGCGAAAUAGCAUUUCGUUCUGAAUCUUAGAGAAUAAGUCAAUGAAUUGUGAUGUAAUAAGAAAAACACCAUUUUAUUGUAACAUAUUGUAUUGUUUAUAAACCACGUUAUUUUAACAAUUUUCACGUUUUUUUUGGUAGUUUCUGCAAGGUUUUUUCACAUUUUUACAAGAUAUUUAGUGACUUUCAGUGUAUUUCACGGUUUUUCACAAUUUCAGCACUUUUUUCCACUAGGAAUCCGACUUGAUAAACUUAUUGCUUUUUUAGUUUCUUUGCAAAAUUCUGACUUUUUGAUCUAUUUGUAAUUUUAGUGUUCCAUUUAUACUAUUUUUACAAUUUAUUAUAUAUUCAAGACAUUCAGAAACUAUAACUUAUUUCUUAAAUUUGUUGUCAAUAACAUUAUUUGAUACUGCUAUAGCGCAUGACAGGGCUUUCCAACCUGCAGGACAAGUGUGGCCCAGAAGAAAAAACUGUGCGGCCGCGAAACGAGUUUAUAAUUUAGUUUACCUUUGAGAUGUAAACCCUAUAUUGUGCUAUACUGUACAAAGCGAACAAUACAUGCCAGAUGAUCAAUAACGAAAGUUUUUCUGCUCGCAACUACUAAAAAGCCUUUGUUAAAUAAAGGUGCGGCCUGCGGUUUCACUCAUUUAUUAGUAUCUUGCCCUCCUGUGUUAAAGGUUGCACACCUCCAGCGUGAGGUCCACCGCCAUAUGCCGUCUACCCAGGUACAGUUUCGGGCCUAACAUAUGUACAAAUUGAGUGUUUAUCGCUAAAUUAAAUUUAUACAAAUAAGUUGGCUUGCCGGUUUAGACGGGACAGUCCUGAUUUCGACAAUGUGUCCCGAAGACCCUCCCUGUAGACUUAAAUGUCCCUGUCAUAUUGCUUUUUCUUUUUUAUUUUAUAUCAAUG